AUGGAGCAAAACACUUUCAAACGUACUCAUCGGCUCGGGCUUACUGGCGUCAACAAAGCGAAGUCAUUCGGCGGCUACACUCUCAUAUGCCCUCUGACCUCUUCAACCGCACACUUGGUUGACAUCGAUGGGAAAGAAGUGCACAGCUGGAAGUUACCUGGUCGCAUUGGCAGACAUGCCCGGAUCCUGCCAAACGGAAACCUGGCUGUCAACACUUUGCCUCCAAAUCACAAAGCUCCAUUCAUGUUCUUCAACAAGUACGGAGGCGGAGUGAUGUCAGAGCUUGAUCCUGCCGGGAAGGUUGUCAGGCAACAUAUAGAUCCUUUGGGUCACCAUGACCACCGAGAAGAUUCGGCCAAGGUCCAAGGCGGAGUGCCUGGCACAGAGGCCGAAGGGGGAAUCACCUAUGCCGAUACGAUCAAUGAGCUCGACGCUGAAGGAAAGCUCGUCUGGCAAUGGAAGGUGUCAGAGCGACUCCCUCGAGACGAGUUCCCAUUGCAACCACAUUAUACCCGAGAGCACUAUCCUUUGAUCAACUCUGUGUAUCCUCUCAAAGACGGCAACAUUCUGGCAUCGAUGCGAUCUGUAUCCAGUGUCAUCAUCAUUGAGAAGUCGACCGGCAACAUAAUCUGGCGACUCGGGCCUGACACACUCGCACAGCAACACUGCGCGAACGAGCUCGAGAACGGCAACAUACUCAUCUUUGACAAUGGUGCCUUCCGCACAGGGGAGUCAAUACAAUUCACACGUGCAAUCGAGGUCGACAGGAAGACUCGCGAGAUCGUAUGGCAGUAUCGGGACCGGGGUCAGAUGAUCCACUUCUUUACGCCUUUCAUGGGUAGCGCACAACGCUUGAGCAACGGCAACACUUUGCUGUGUGAAAGUGCUUUCGGUCGGGUGUUCGAGGUCACCAAAGAAGGCGAGGUUGUGUUCGAGUUCAUCAAUCCCUGCUUCUCCGAAUAUGAGGAUGAGGGCACCAAGAAGCUGUUUCCGGGCGAGAGUAAUGCGCUGUUCCGAGCGUACCGAUACUCGGCAGAAGAGAUUCCUUGGUUGUCAAGAGGUCGCUCCUGGUGGCCAUGGGGCUAG